UGGUGACCAGGCUGCACAUAGUGUUUCUUGGUAGUCUUUAACAAGGCAUCCUUAGGUAUGCAUAACAAUAAACAUACAUUAUUUUGUAAGUUCUAGAUUGCAGGAACAAGCUGUUUCAGGUGUUUGAAAAACGCUAAAUUCUCCAACUUCAGGACAGGGGGCCAGCCCCCCUCCGGACCAACUCCUCCCCAGCCAUCCUCACAUACUUAUUUGCCCCCUCAGAUUUAUAGGAUGCAUGACACCCAUGAAUCAAACCCUCUGUCCCGUCCAUAAAGUGUAUCUGUAAAAACGUAACAAUAAGAUCAGAGCUUGUCUGGCAUGUGAGACUAUGGGAUUAUAGGAGCUAGGUGUUGUGCUAAAACUGAUGCCCCUCCAGGCAAAGCAUAAUAGGAGCUAGGUGUUGUGCUAAAACUGAUGCCCCUCCAGGCAAAGCAUAAUAGGAGCUAGGUGUUGUGCUAAAACUGAUGCCCCUCCAGGCAAAGCAUAAUAGGGAUUAGGUGUUGUGCUAAAACUGAUGCCCCUCCAGGCAAAGCAUAAUAGGAGCUAGGUGUUGUGCUAAUUAUGGUACCCCUCCUUCUACAGGACUUCCUGGGCCAGAUGUUCUGCACUCUGGGGGAGAUCAUCGGUUCCACAGGCAGUCGGCUGGAGAGAACCCUCUCUGGGAUCCCAGGGAAAAAGUGUGGGAACAUCAUAUUCACCGCUGAGGAACUGAGUAACUGCAGGGACAUUGCUACCAUGCAGCUGUGUGCCAACAAGCUGGACAAGAAAGACUUCUUCGGCAAGUCAGACCCAUUCCUGGUCUUCUACCGCAGUAAUGAAGACGGAACGUUCACCAUCUGCCAUAAGACGGAGGUGGUAAAGAAUACUCUGAACCCUGUGUGGCAGCCCUUCACCAUCCCUGUACGAGCCCUCUGUAACGGAGACUAUGACAGGACAGUCAAGGUGGACGUGUAUGAUUGGGACAGAGAUGGAAGUCAUGACUUCAUUGGCGAGUUCACCACCAGCUACAGAGAAUUCUCCAGAGGCCAGAGCCAGUUCAACGUCUAUGAGGUUCUAAACCAUAAAAAGAAAGGCAAGAAGAAGAAAUACAUCAAUUCAGGGACAGUCACACUGCUGUCCUUUAAAGUGGAGUCAGAAUACACGUUUGUAGACUUCAUCCGGGGAGGGACGCAACUCAACUUCACAGUGGCCAUCGAUUUCACAGCGUCUAAUGGUAACCCAUCCCAGCCCACCUCUCUGCACUACAUGAGUCCCUACCAAAUGAAUGCCUACGCAAUGGCCCUGAAGGCUGUGGGGGAGAUCAUCCAGGAUUACGACAGUGACAAGAUGUUCCCUGCCUACGGCUUUGGAGCAAAGCUGCCCCCGGAUGGCAAGAUCUCCCAUGUCUUCCCACUGAACUCCAACAGUGAGAACCCAAACUGUGUGGGUAUCGAGGGAGUGUUGGAGGCCUACUUCCAGAGUCUCCGAACUGUUCAGCUCUACGGGCCCACCAACUUUGCUCCUGUCAUCAACCAGGUGGCACGGUGUGCUGAGGAUGUGACUGACGGAUCCCAGUACUUUGUGCUGUUGAUGAUCACAGACGGAGUCAUCUCAGACAUGGUGCAGACCAAGGAGGCUGUGGUCAAUGCUGCCGCUCUGCCCAUGUCUAUCAUCAUAGUGGGAGUGGGUCCUGCUGAGUUUGAUGCGAUGGAGGAACUGGAUGGUGACGAGGUCAGAGUGUCCUCUAAGGGGCGCAUUGCCGAGCGAGACAUAGUCCAGUUUGUGCCUUUCCGGGACUACAUAGACCGCCAGGGCAACCAGGUGCUGAGCAUGGCACGGCUGGCCAAGGACGUGUUGGCAGAAAUCCCUGAGCAGCUGCUGGGUUUCAUGAAGACGAGGGACAUCGAGCCCCGGCCCGCCUCCUCCACCACCACUACCACCCCGCCAGGACUCCACAAGCUGCGCAUCUGAGAGAGGGGUUUGGGUGGGGGUCUUUGGUUCUUGGGUUUAGAGACAUUGUUUGGACCAUUUUCAGUUGCAGCAAAUACCUGAAGAGACACACACUGAAGCCGUUGGGGUACACAUACGCACGCACGCACACACACACACACACACACACACACACACACACACACACACACACACACACUGCAGUAGCGAUUUCCUGCCUGGUGAACACCGGCAUGCUGUGAUGUAACAACUGUACAGCUUAACAAGGGUCAAAUGGAGCAUGACCUUUGGAGUGAGAACUGUUGGAACUGCUUUCGUGGUUGCCAACCCCUCACUGACCCCUUAGCUUCUUUUUAUAUGCAGGGGUCAAGGAACAGUCACCGUUAAACGUUGUAAAAAGCAAGGGUUUGUUGGCUUGUCAACAGACAGAAAGAGCGAUCGAUGUUCACCUUUUUUCCUAUGCCUCACUAGCCACGCAUGCAAUGAGUGUUUCAUUCUCACAUCUUUUGUGGUCCAAAACAGAAACAAAUUGGCCACUUGGGAUUCAAUGGCAGUACUUUACUUUGUCCACUCUCUGGCCAAUGUAUAUUUCCAUGUGUAUAAUGACACUGUACAAACAUUGAAGAAAGUGGGAUAGCCGGUUAAUAUCCAAAACAAGUGAAAGGCACAGGAAGUCUAUUCAUGUUUGGAUUCUUCUCAGGGCAUUUCUGAAAGCUUUUGGAUGAGUUUCGCAAAACAAGGGAGACGGUAACAAGAUGGCGUCUCUGGACGGUUGAGGUCUCAGCCUCGGCAUCUAGAGUCAUUGGGUGUUUCUCAAAAUGCAUACUACCGUGCUUCGAGCACGCAAAUUGGAGCACGGGAGGGUCAGAGUAUGAGUUGAAGUCAAAGUAUGCGAAACGGAGCACAGAGGGCACUUCUGGAAUGUGUACUCCAUUUGUACUUAUUUUGAAGCAUGCAUCAAUGCAAGCUUCAACGGAAAGUAUGCAAAGAAAUAUGAUGCAACCACGUAAAAAAUGACAUAAAAUGUAUUGAAAUCAAUGGUGGCCAUUAUUUGAGCUGAAGCGAGAGAAAAUACACUCCUAUUCAGAAUGAAAUGUUGCUUAUUCACAUCUCAUAUGUUGCCUGAAUAUAAUAUUUUAUUUUGAUACGUUAAUAAAUACAGGCGGUGUU